AUGGAUUACGUAAUACUUGUAUAUUUUAUUAGGGUUGUUACAGACUUAUCGAUAACAUUACAAACGACGACUAAUGUUCGGAGAUGCUGUCCGUGUGCAAACUGCCUUAUUUACUAUCCUCGAUUUCAUAAUAGCCAAUUCAAACUACGUUAUCUUAUCUGUUUGAGAGCAGGCCCCUAUAUUGUCUGUAGGACACUUCAUACGGGCACAGAUUCAGGGAUUUACUGCAUAGGAGCACUAUGUAUGUCGCAUAAUAGUACAUAUAUAUCAAUAAUAUACAUUGCCCCAUGGGAUAAACAGGUGUAA